UAAGAACCUAAUUAUGUACCUUUUCAAUUUAAAGCCUGUUCUCUGGUUUGCCGUCUUAUUCCAUAAUGGAAAUCUGGAGAAUAUGGGCGGAUACAGGAUCAACAGAAAUGAACAGGCGUGCCAGUGUGGUUUUGCUGCUUUUGAUCUGGAUCCCUAUUGUCAGGGGCGAUUUCCCGUGCCUUUGUUGCUAUUCUCUCGAGGCGUCUGUGUACCAAGAGAAAACUCUGAACGCCGGAACGCUUGGAUAUAUGUAUGAGUUUGAUUGUAAGCCAUUGUACGACAAUUUGACCAUCCCAGACAAUUCAUGGACUGCCAUUCAGUUUGAACACAAGAUCGGUUAUGUCCCGAUGACACAGGACCAGGUGAUUCAGCAAUGCCCGGGAAGUAUCCCUACAGGGGACCAAGUGGCCGAAACGUCGUCAGCUACCACGUCUACAACGCAUCUUUCUUCGACUGAGUCACCAACAACUCAUUCUCCUUCAACAGGACCACAAACAACAUCCCCUCUAACAGCACAACCAACUUUGCCACAACCAUCAACAGCGCAAUCGAUUAAAACCCAGCCACCGACACACCAUAAUAUAACAACCCAAAUUACUUCAACCUAUAUACAUGAAACACAACCAAUUGAAACACCAUCGCCUUCGACUUCACAACCUGCAACACAAUCACCAACAACACAAACACCAAUCACGCAACUUUCAACACAUAUCCAACCGAUUACAUUACAACAGCCUCUAUCAACAACCAAGCAAUUUACAACAACCCCUUUUCUCAUAACAUCCAAAGAAUCUACAAUACAAACGACAAAACCAACCGCGCAUCCUUCUUUGACGACAAUUCACAUCAAACCCCCGUUGACCACCUUGCAUCAUGCUAAUACGCAUAUGCCGUCAACGACGCAUGCACCAGCAAACUCAUGCCCAGAGAAUGUUGUCACUCACGCUUCGGAUCACCAAGGCUACGUUAUGUCACGUGGGUACAGCUGUUUCGAAUUUGUCAAUCAUACGAAAACUUGGAACGAUGCCGAGGGAAGUUGUCGACAUAGGGGAGGUCACCUUACUUCCAUCAAGAAUCAAGCUGAGGAGAACGCUUUGCUCGUGUUCAUGUAUGAUAUUGGAGUCAAGAACAAGACCUGGAUUGGGUUAACAGAUCAGCAUCAUGAACAUCGUUUUAUAUGGUCGUCAGGUCUGCCACUUUACUGGACCAACUGGAUUCCUGGAAAUCAAAACCAUCGUUACUUUAACGAUGACGAUUGCGUUACUCUUGUUCCUGAUACUUCAAUGGUUUCCGCUUCAAGUUCAAACUCGCUCGGAACCUGGGAUGACGUGCACUGCGACAUAAAGAAACCUUUCAUCUGCCGAUUCGAAUCGAAUCCAUGGUGGCAUUUAAGUGGAUGAAAGAAAACAAUAAACUGAGCAAUAUGU